GGUUCUGGGUGUCCCUGAAGAUGCUCUGGGGAGACCUGAGCCAAGUGCGGAAGGACCAUCCCCACCUUGUGGACCGCAGCACCGUGGUGGCACGCAAGCUGGGCUACCCGGAGGUCAUCAUGCCAGGUGACGUCAGGAACGACAUCUACCUGACGCUGGUGCAGGGCGAGUUCGACAAGGGCAGCAAGAAGACGCAGAAGAACGUGGAGGUGAUGGUGUGCGUCUGCGAUGAGUCGGGCAGAGUGGUGCAGAAUGUCAUCUACCACGGGGCGGGGGACAGGCCGGCCAGCGAGUACCGCUCCGUGGUCUACUACCAGCAGCGGCACCAGCGCUGGAUGGAGACGGUGAAGAUUGCUGUUCCCAUCGAAGACGUCCACAAGACCCACCUGAGGUUCACCUUCCGGCACCGCUCCUCCAGUGACUCCAAAGACAAAAGCGAGCGGAUUUUCUCCAUGGCCUUUGUGAAGCUGAUGCGGCCUGAUGGGACCACGCUGCGUGACGGGGAGCACGACCUGGUGCUGUACAAGUUGUCGUGGCCUCCCUGGGCAGCACUGCCCGGGAUUCGGUGUCUUUCCGAGUACGGGUCCCUGCGGGGAGCCGCUCCCUUGGAUGCUCUGUUGAAGUUGCCGCCGGCACCGCGCCGUGCUGCCCGCACUGGGCUCUGCACCGCAGUCAACCUGUUGGGGCUGCUGAAGUGGCGCUCCAAGCCCAGCCUCCUCGCCGGGAACCUCCAGAAGCUGAUGAACGUGGACGGAGGGGAGGUCAUCAAGUUCCUCCAGGACACGCUGGAUGCCUUGUUCUCCAUCAUGAUGGAGAAUUCAGACACGGAUGUCUAUGACACGCUUGUCUUUGAUGCCCUGGUUUUCAUUGUGGGACUGGUGGCCGACAAGAAGUUCCAGCAUUUCAACACCGUCCUGGAGGCCUACAUCCGCCAGCACUUCAGCGCCACGCUCGCCUACAAGAAGCUGAUCUCAGUGCUGACACAGUACGUGGACCACGCGACCUGCGAGCCGCUCAUGCGCACCUUCAAGGCCUUGGAGUACGUCUUCAAGUUCAUCGUCCGCUCCCGGCACCUCUUUGCCCAGCUCUACGAGGGGAAGGAGACGGCCGAGUUCCAGCGCUCGCUGCAGCGGUUCUUCCUCUCCCUGAACCAGCUGAUGAAGUCCCCGCUGGAGGGUCCCACGCUGCUCUCACAGGGAGCAGCCCUGAAGUACCUGCCUUCCAUCCUCGAGGAUGUGUUUGGGAUCUUCGACUCCUCUGCUCUGGGGGCCUUGCUUCGGGACUUCAUCGGGAACCUGCCGGCCCAGCGCCUGCUGAAGCAGAAGCUGCAGUCCCUGACCGACAUUGUCAACAGCAAGAUCUUCCAGUGCUACGAGUGCCGGGAGCUGCUGCUGCAGACAGCGGUGCCCAUCCUGCAGGAGCUGAUCGAGAAGGGAGAGGAGGAAGACGCCUGCAUUGAGCUGCUCAGCAACAUCCUGGAGGUGCUGUACAAGGCCCAGAAGAGAGCGGAGGAGCUGCGAGCGCAGCGUGGCACAGGCGAGGGACAGCACAAGGACCGCGGGGACACAGAGCUGGUGAAGGUGAAGAAGCACAUCCAGCUGAUCCUGGAGCGGCUGCUGCACACCGUCAACCGCAGGGUGAUCGUCCUGGACCGGGAGAACAGCUUGCGGAGUCACUACGUGGCCUGCAUGGCUGCCAUCCUGAGCCAGAUGGACAAGGACCACUACAGCUCCUACAUCAGGGCCUUCCCCUCCCGGCCUGAGCUGAUGGACUUCCUCAUGGAGACCUUCAUCCUCUUCAAGGACCUGAUUGGCAAGACGGUGUACCCCUCCGACUGGGUGGUGAUGAACAUGGUGCAGAACCGGGAGUUCCUACGCGCCAUCAACCAGUUUGCCGCCACCUUGACCGAGAUGUUCCUGAGCAACAGCAGCUUUGAGCUGCAGCUUUGGAACAACUAUUUCCACCUGGCCGUGGCUUUCCUCACCCAGGACUCCCUGCAGCUGGAGAACUUCUCCCAGGCCAAGCGAAACAGCAUCCUAGCCAAGUACGGGGACAUGAGGGCUGUGAUCGGAGCUUCCAUUCGGGACAUGUGGUACAACCUCGGCCACCGCAAGAUCGAGUUCAUCCCUGGCAUGGUGGGCCCCAUCCUGGAGAUGACUCUUGUGCCAGAGCUGGAGCUGCGCAAGUCCACCAUCCCCAUCUUCUUUGACAUGAUGCUCUGCGAGUACCAGCUGACCAGCAGCUUCAGCCGGUUUGAGGACGAGAUCCUGCGCAAGCUGGACAGCGAGGUGGAGGGCGGCCGCGGGGAUGAGCAGUACAAGCAGCUUUUUGAGAGCAUCCUGCUCAGCUGCUGCCGGAGACACCCCGAGCUGGCCAAGGCCGGGGAGAACUUCGUUGAGCUGGUGACAGGGCUCCUGGAGCGGCUCCUCGACUACCGGGCUGUUAUGAACGAUGAGAACAAAACCUACAGCAUGAGCUGCACCGUCAACCUCCUGAAUUUCUACAAGGAGAUUGACCGCCAGGCCAUGUACAUCAGGUACCUGUACAAGCUGAAGGACCUGCACGUCAGCUACGAGAACUACACGGAGGGAGCAUACACCCUGCUGCUGCACGCCCGGCUCCUCAAGUGGUCGGAGGAGGCGAACACAGCCCCCAUGCAGGGCCUGCACAGCCCCAGCCUGCACACCCAGCGCCAGCUGAAGGAGGCUCUCUACAACCAGAUCAUCGACUACUUCGACAAGGGCAAGAUGUGGGAGGAGGCCAUCCACAUCUGCAAGGAGCUGGCAGAGCAGUACGAGAGCGAAGUCUUCGACUACGAGAUGCUGAGUGACAUCCUGCAGCGAGAAGCCAAGUUCUACGAGAAGAUCCUGAAAGUGCUGCGGCCCAGCCCGGACUAUUUCGCCGUGGGCUACUACGGGCAGGGCUUCCCCACCUUCCUCCGGAACAAGGUCUUCAUUUACCGGGGCAAGGAGUACGAGCGGCGGGAGGAUUUCGAGAUGCGGCUGCUGAGCCCCUUCCCCAACGCCGAGAAGCUGAAGAGCACAUCCCCGCCCAGCCAGGACAUCACGGGCUCCCCGGGGCAGUACAUCCAGUGUUUCACCGUGCAGCCGGUGGAGGAGGCCAAGCUCCGGUUCAAGGACCGGAGCAUCCCGGAGCAGAUCACCAAUUUCUAUAAAGCCAACCACAUCCAGAAGUUCAGCUACUCGCGGCCCUUCAAGAAAGGCCCAAAGGAUCCAGACAAUGAAUUUGCAACCAUGUGGAUCGAGCGGACGACCUUCGUGACAGCCUACCCCCUGCCUGGCAUCCUGCGCUGGUUCGUGGUGACCUCCACCACCACGACCAGCAUCUCCCCACUGGAAAACGCCAUUGAGACCAUGAUGAAAACAAAUGAGAAAAUUAUGAGCGAGAUCAACCGGCACCAGAACGACCCCAGCCUGCCCAUCAACCCACUCUCCAUGCUGCUCAACGGCAUCGUGGACCCUGCAGUCAUGGGUGGCUUCGCCAAGUACGAAACGGCCUUUUUCCAGGAUUCGUACCUGCAGGAGCACCCUGAGGACAAGGGGAACAUCGAGAAGCUGAAGGACCUGAUCGCCUGGCAGACCCCGCUGCUGGCAGAGGGGAUCCGGAUCCACGGGCGGAAGGUGACAGAGGACCUGCGGCCCUUCCACGAGCGCAUGGAGCAGUGCUUCGUGCAGCUGCGGGCCAAGGUGGAAAGCCAGUACGGGGUGCGGGAGAUGGUCUGCUUCGAGGACCGGCGGAGUGGACGACCCCGGUCUGUGGCCUGGGGACCCGACUGGGACCGUCUGAGCCACGCUGGAGAGAGGCGAGUGCCGUGGUGGGGAGCGCUGGCCCCAGAUCGCGCCCAAUGGAUCCAGCAAGAGCCCUCGGCUACCACCAUGCUCACGCUGAAAAGUCUGGGGGGCAGCUCUAAGGCCAUCUAA